AUGGGAACUUCAUUUUCUGCCGUGAAGGAGGAUUUGACCAGCAACCCUCGACGACCACCACCCGGCUCGAUCCCCAUCCGUCACCAUGACUUCCACAAGGACUGGCAGCGUCGUGUCCGUGUGCACUUCGACCAGCCCGGCCGGAAGCACCGUCGUCGUGAGGCCCGCAUCGCUAAGGCGGCUGCUGUUGCUCCCCGUCCGGUUGACAAGCUGCGUCCCGUUGUCCGAUGCCCCACCAUCAAGUACAACCGCCGUGUCCGUGCCGGUCGUGGUUUCACCCUCGCUGAGCUGAAGGAAGCUGGUAUCCCCAAGAAGCUUGCUCCCACCGUCGGUAUCUCCGUUGACCACCGCCGCACCAACUACUCCAAGGAGUCCCUUGUUGCCAACGUCGCCCGUCUCCAGGACUACAAGGCUCGCCUGAUCCUCUUCCCCCGCAAGAGCGGUCAGUUCAAGAAGCUCGACUCCUCCGCUGAGGAAGUCAAGGCCGUCAAGGCCACCGUCGCUGAGGGCAAGCGUGACGGCAUCGCCACCCGUGUCGAGGCCACCUUCCCCAUCACCAACCCCACCGCUGCUGAGGCCGUUACCGAGGUCAAGCGCGACUCGCUCCCCAAGGGUGAGGAGGCUGCUUACCGUCGUCUCCGUGACGCCCGCGCUGAGGCCCGCUACAAGGGUAUGCGCGAGAAGCGUGCCCGUACCAAGGCUGAAGAUGAGGCCAAUGCCAAGAAAUAA